AUGAUUUGCUGGAAAAGGCCCAUUAAUACUCCUUAUCAAAGGUUCAACAAAGAUAAGAGUGCUAACCUUAUGGUCCCAAGAGAGAAUGUUGGUGCUCGAACUUUCCCUAUUUGCAUGAAGUGCGGAAGGACUCAUAAAGAGGAAUGCUUAGUCAGCUCCAAUACAUGCUUCAAGUGUGGCAAGACGGGUCACCAUGCUAGAGAUUGUAGAGGUAGUGGUGUGGGUAGGCCUCAAGGACAAAUUGCUUAUGGUCAACAAACUCAAGGAGGUGGCCAACCCACCAACUACUUUUAUGCUUUGCAUGGGAGACAAGAGGUUGAGGAAGCACCCAAUGUUGUUAUCAGUAUUUUAAAGGUCUUUGCCUUUGAUGUGUAUGCACCAUUAGAUCUGGGUACAAAUUUUUCAUUUGUUACUACAUUCCUAGAUAAUAGGUUUGAUGUGUUACCCGAAAUGUCCUGCACCACAACCAUGGUUCAUGGAACAUGGUACCCUCCACAGACCGUGAAGGUCUCUGUGGAGGAAGUUUAG